GAGAAAUCAAUCGCGAUGCACUUCGCUCGUGCGUUGACCGCGCUCAAUGGCCUGGCUCGCUGCAUCCAAAAGCAACAAUUGUUGGAGGGUCGAAAAGUCGUGCGGGAGCACAUAAGACGGCUGAAUGUUCACGAGCACGUGGCGUACACCCUCUUGAGCCAGGCGGGUAUACCUACGCCACCUUUCAAAGUCGCGAAAACGCCGGCGGAAGCUGGGGAACACGCAAAGAGUCUUGACACGAGGGAUAUUGUGUUGAAAGCGCAGGUUUUGACUGGCGGCAGGGGAAAGGGCAAUUUCAAGGGGAGUGACAUUGGUGGAGUCGUGGUUUGUGAUACGCCGGAACAAGCUCUCGCGAGUGCCGAAAAAAUGAUCGGAAAAUUUCUAGUGACAAAACAGUCAGGACCGGAGGGAAAAAUCUGCAACACAGUGAUGAUCACGACCCGAAUGUUCCCCCGGAAGGAGUUCUAUCUCGCUGUGAUGAUGGAAAGAACCUUUGGCGGCCCGGUGGUCAUAAUAUCGACUGAGGGCGGUGUGAACAUUGAGGACACGGCUGCAAGUCGUCCGGAUGCCAUCGCUUAUUUCCCGAUCGAUAUUGAGAGGGGAAUUUGCCAGGAUGAGGCGCGAAAAAUCGCCGAAAAACUCGGGCUCGAGGAGAAGGGGGAGACGGCGGUCGCGGGGAUGAUUACCAAUCUUUUCAAACUUUUUGUUGAGAAAGAUGCUCUUCUUCUGGAGAUCAAUCCGUUGGUUGAGGACAUUUGUGGGGACUAUUACGCAUUGGACUGUAAAUGUAAUUUCGACGACAGUGCAGAGUUCCGCCAGAAGGAGCUAUUCGCCCUGCGAGACCCCUCGCAGAAAGACCCCAGUGAGUCCCAAGCGGAGAAAUUCAACCUGAAUUACAUCCCUUUGGAUGGGAAUAUCGCAUGCAUGGUGAAUGGUGCGGGUCUAGCGAUGGCUACGAUGGACAUAAUAAAACUCAGUGGGGGAGAGCCUGCGAAUUUCCUGGACGUCGGCGGCGGAGCAACUGCGGAGACAGUUAAAGAAGCCUUCAAGAUCAUCUCCGCUGACGCCAAAGUUGACGCAAUUUUCGUUAAUAUUUUCGGAGGAAUCAUGAGGUGCGAUAUAAUAGCGGAAGGUAUUAUUAAAGCCACUAAGGAGUUGGACUUGAAAAUUCCAGUCGUAGCGAGAUUACAGGGAACGAACGUAAAGGAGGCGCGCAAAUUAAUCCAAGAAGCUAAACUCAAAAUCAUUCCUAUAGACGACAUGACCGAGGCUGCUGAGGCCUCCGUGAAGGUCGCCAAAAUGCUGCAGCUAGCGAGAUCCAUGAAUCUCGAUAUCAACAUCACAUUGAGAGCAGAUAAAGCCAAAGAUGAUAGCUGUGAUAAGAAACGUUCAAUGUGUUCCACUAAGUCAAAUUACCUCGUUCAUACUCCAAUUAACAAACCAUCAAGGCAUUCCUCGACAUUUAAAUCCGUCAGGCAAGUGCCAACUGUUCUCCUGACGUCACAAACUCGCAAUAGCGAGGGAAAUACACGUCAUUGGUUAAAACAAGCCGCAGUCCAUUGCCAUCGGCGUAGAAAGAUGGCUACCAUGUUGUCCCGGACGAUAUCAAUUGCCGAGAAUUUGGCACGUUUUAACGGCCCAAAGAUCUUAGCAUGCAAAAAUGGUCUGGCGAAGCACCCAGUGAGGAAUUUAAAUGUCCACGAGCACAUAAGUUACAGUCUCCUCAAUGAAGCCGGUAUUCCUACCCCAAAGUUUGGAGUCGCCAAGACUCCGGAGGAGGCGGCCAAAUAUGCUGCCGAGCUCAAUACCAAGGAUAUUGUGCUGAAGGCGCAGGUAUUGGCGGGUGGUCGAGGCAAAGGACACUUCAAGGACAGCACCGUCCCGGGUGUUAAAAUGUGUGAAACGCCAGAGGAGGCUAAAGCUCUUGCUGCCCAGAUGUUAGGAAAAUUAUUAAUAACUAAGCAGACUGGUGAGGGUGGUAGAAUAUGCAAUGCUGUGAUGGUUGCCCAGAGGAUGUUCCCAAGGAAAGAAUACUACCUCGCUGUCAUGAUGGAACGAGCAUUUGGUGGGCCUGUGAUAAUAGCCUCCAGUCAGGGAGGUGUCAACAUCGAGGAGGUAGCAGCUACAAAUCCCAGUGCCAUCAUGUACGAGCCAAUUGACAUCCAGAAAGGCAUAACUAAGGAACAGGCUGAACGCAUUGCUGAGAAACUUGGCCUUGGAAAUGUCAAGGAUUACAUCGGUAAAAUUAUCCUCAAUCUCUACGACAUGUUCCUGAAGAAGGAUGCACUAUUGCUGGAAGUCAACCCACUUGCCGAGGAUAUUCAGGGAAAUUAUUUUGCAUUAGACUGCAAAUGUAGAUUCGACGACAACGCAGAGUUCAGACAGAAGGAGCUGUUUAGCCUUCGUGAUUGGAGCCAAGAGGACCCCAAGGAGGUGGAGGCAGCCAAAUUCGACCUCAACUACAUUGCUCUCGAUGGAAACAUCGGUUGCAUGGUGAAUGGAGCUGGUUUAGCUAUGGCAACCAUGGACAUCAUCAAGCUCCAUGGUGGUGAGCCUGCCAAUUUUUUGGACGUUGGUGGUGGCGCCACAGCUUCAGCUGUCAAGGAGGCCUUCAAAAUCAUUACUUCUGAUCCUGGGGUUCACGCACUGCUCGUCAACAUCUUCGGUGGCAUAAUGAGGUGUGACGUAAUCGCCGAAGGUAUCAUAGCAGCAACAAAGGAGCUUGACCUUAAAAUUCCAGUUGUCGUUCGGUUACAGGGAACGAACGUUGAUGAAGCUAAAGCUCUGAUCGCAAACGCCGGCCUGAAGAUAGUCCCAGUGGACGAUCUGGACGAGGCGGCACGUGUGGCUGUGAAACUAUCUACAAUCGUCAAACUCGCCCAUUCAGCUAAUCUAAGUGUCAACUUUGAAAUACCACCAAUCUCGUAGAUCCCAUUAAACGGAUUAAGUCAAUUCUGUUUGUCUCCAUUUAGAGUCGCCAAAAAAAAACAAGAAAUUGAAAACUAAAAUAUAUGUCAAUGGGUGUUCAACAGAAGGAAAAAACGUUUGAAAGUGAUCUACUAGCAUCAACUUGCUGAUUAUUUUCUCAACAUCACGUCUCUGCUUCUCUGUCGAUUUUACCUCUCUAAAUAUUUAUGAUAAUUAUUGAAAACAGAAGGAAUGCGGUUGACGUCUGUUAUGCAAUGAAAAUACGCUAAAGUACAUGUAGGUAGUAUAAUUGAUUAAACAAUCUGAGGAAGUGAUUACAAUGCUGAGCAUCGGAAACCACUAAUUCACAUUAAAGUGCAGGCAAAAUUACUAUUGAAUAUGUAUUCGUUUUACUCUCACGCAUGAAAAUUUUUUUUUUGAAAAUCUAGAGAAUUAGCUAGAAAAUUUUAUUGAAUUUCUAUUGAACUCCUAUGGAAAAAGUCGAUAGGAUUUGACUCUCCAAGUUUUGAAGUUUGAUUUUUUUACGAGAGGAGAACGAAAAAGGAGUGAAAAAAAAACUUUAAAUUUCGAAAAUAUUUCACUAAAAAGAGGUUUACAGAAAGACCAAAUUCUGCAGAUUUUUUCUAUUGAAAUUUUUGAAUAGAAUCGUCAAGACACUAAUAGAAUUUUCGAUAGCAUUGUAAUAGAAAUCCAAUAGAAAUUGUCAGCCAAUUCGUCAGGAUUUUCUAUAAAUUUUUUUUCGUGCGCAUUGAACCAACAAAUUAUCUCUUUUUAUAAUAAUUUUGAUCUUUUUGGAUCAAGAGAUCUGCGAUUCAGUAUUAAGUUAUGAAAGUAAUUGGUAACAAGAGCAAGAGAAAAUUGUACAUUGAUUCGGUAUUUGCACAUGGAGUGGAAACUGGUGGAAUUUAUUGUUCAGCGAGUCUUCCACUCCAUCGUCCACGUCAAUAACUGAAUCAUUCUGAUUCUUUAACGGGUGAGUUUAAACGAGAUUAAUGUAACCACUGCAAUCGAAAUUGUAUUUUAGCCUGUCCAAUGUAACAUAAACUAUCCAUGUAAUACAUAUAAAUUAUUUUACAUAAAUUAUUGCUUUAUUUCCAUUCUA